AUGAAGAGGAUCUGUAUAUGCGAAAUGUGUAACUGUGGGCGUCAUCGCUGCACCCACGAGCCUACAGCCCUCUAUGUGAAGGAGAAUACAGGAGAAUGCAUGCUGACAGAGUACACAGAGAAAUUCCCUGUUUAUGGAAGAGUCUACAACCCUCCGCAGACCCAGAAGCCCAAGCCAGAGCUGGACCAUGGCAGGGACAAAGGGAGAAUGGAUGGAACAACAACAUUCAAAACAGACUUCAUACCCCAUGAGGUGAAGCAGCGACCAAAGCGCCAGCCAGCGGAAUACAAGCCUAAGCCAGGGAAGAUUGAUCUAGGGACGACGUACAAGCAGGACUUUAACCCCUAUGAGCUCCAGCCCUUUGUCCCAGUCAAAUCCAGAGAGAAAGCCUACACAGCACCGCCAAAACUGGAGACCAUCCCUACUUACAAAGAUGACUUCCGGCAGUGGGAGCUUUGUAAGCAGGAGCUGACCAAGCCCAAGCACAAGUACCAGCCACCCUCAUCCAAGUUUGGUGGCACCACCACAUUCCAGGAUGACUUUGUGCCCCGAAGCGUGGCCCCCCAGCAGAGUUUCAAACCCCCCAGUGUCGCCAAAUUCUCAGAUGUUCCCUUUGACGGGGUGACCUCCAACCAGCUGGCCUUUGUGGCUCACCCAGUGGAGCCGCGCUUUGUGAAACCCCAGGAGGUGUACAAGCCUAGCAGCCAGCCCCUUCAGGACCUCACCACCAACCGCCUGGACUUCCAGGGUCAGCCGGGAGAGUUGGCCCAGAGCUGCAAGCCCCGCCCCAACAAGUCUUCCUCCCUGGCUGCAUCUGAUUCGCCUUUCGAAAGCAACACAGAGAACAAGGACAACUUUAAAGAGUGGCCGGUGUCCCUGCCUAAGUUUCACCAGCCAGAUAAAUAUGUCGGUCCUACUGAGCACAUGGACCUGAGCACCACCACUGCUGCACAUUAUGUCAGACACCAAGUCCAGCCCUUCAGCCGUGCCAAGCCCCACAAACCACCCAGGAGGGCCUCUGCUCCCUUCCAGAACUUAACCACCAUGCGGGAGGAUUUCCAGCCUUGGGCAGCCCAGGCGAGGCAGCCGCUGAUCAAGCAGUCUGAAGGAAUACAUAAAGCCAGUGGGAAGAUAGAAGACCUCACCACCUUCAGGGCCCACUAUACCAUCCAUGAGCUGAAGCCUAAUAUUAGCUUCAAGCCAUCCAAACAACCCAUGAGAAGCAGUGUUCCAAUGGAGGACUCCACCAUGUAUCGCACAACUUUCACCCCAAAGAGGAUCAGUGUGUGCCCUGCGAGCUUCCAGUCGCCUCCAGGCUAUGAGUUUGAGGAGAGCGAUGACAGAGGACACAAGUACUUCAGGAAGCUGUAA